AUGUUAAAUGUGCCUAUUGUGUCACAGCUCAUGGCAUUUUGGCUGCUUUUAACGCUUCAUGCACAAGCGCAUCCAAUUACCAGCAAUAAUGAUGCAGCAUUUGCGCAAUCAGUGGUGGACAAAAGCCAGGGUCUGCUUGAGGCUGAAAGCGACACCGCCCAAAACGUAGCCAUCGUAGCUGACGAUGCGAACCCAGCCGCUGACAAUAGUCCAAACUUUCGUGUCGAUGAAACCCAGUUGGCUGAGUACACUGUGCACUCGCAGGCAGAGGAUGACGGCAGCAGCAGCAGCAGCAGCAGCUCAGGCGGAUUUAGGAUAUCUUUGCUGCCAACACAAGAAAAAACUGCCGAGUCAGUGAAUUUGGAAAAGGAAGCCAUACCAUCGAAGAUUUAUAGCACAUAUGACAAGACUCAGAAGAAAGUAGCCGAUUUGGCCAAUCUGGAACCCAUUGUGGACACAAUAAGUGAGCAUGAAAAGUACGGCAAUAACGGUGAUAUGUUCGAUGGCUUAGCGCGCUCUAUUGUGAAUGGCUAUGAGGCUUUUUCAAAUAUUCUCAAUGCUUUUAUACAAAAACCCAAAGACCUUGCACGCUCUAUUUCGAAAGGUAUCACCGCGCAACUGGAUAUCAUUGGCGGAAAAAUUGUGGGACUGUGAAUGUAAUGUAUUUACAACUUCACAUAUACAUACAUAAGCUAAUAUUUAAGUCCAAAAAUGCUGUUAAUUG